AUGACUCCAAAACAGGAAACUGACUUGAGAAUCCAGGCACUCUCAUCACAAAAUCACCAAAGUGGUACUAAAUACCAGAAUAAAGGCAAAGUUAGUUCCUAUGAAAAGGAACAAAAACAGAAAACUGGAGUGAAAGUUGAACACCUUCCUGGGAAAACUCAAAGUAAAGAACAGAAAAAAGAAAAGGAAGAUACUGAUAAGGGUACAGACAAGGAAAAGGUAAUAGAUAAAGACCAGCCAAAGGAACAAGAUGAUGAAAAAGAUAAAGGUGGAAGAAAGGAGCAAAAGGAAGACAAGAAGGGAGGUGAAGACAAAAAGGAGAAUACGAACAAGGAUAAAAGGGAAGAUGACAGAAAGGAUAAAGACAAGAAGAGAGAUGAAGUCAAGAAAGAAGAUGAGGACAUGAAGGGAGGUAACGAUAAGGAGGAUGACAGCAUGAAGGGAGAUAAUGAGAAGGAGGACAAGGACACGAAGGGAGGUGAAAGCAAGAAAGAGAAUGAGGGCAAGAAGGACAAGUACAAGAAGGAAGAAAAAGAAGAUAAGGGCAUAAAGGAGGAUAAAGACAAAGAGGAGGACAAGGAUACAAAGGAUAAGGACAAAAGGGAAAGCAAGAACAAUAAAGAUAAUAUGGAUAACGAGGAGAGCAGAGACAAGAAGGAGGAAAAGGACAAGACAGAAGGCCAGGACGAGAAGGAGGCCAAGGACAAGGAUAAGAAGGGAUAUGAGGACAGGAAGGAAAAGGAAGAUGAGGACAAGAAAGGGGAUACGAAGGAAGGCAUUGUAAAGGAGGAAGAAAAAGACAAAAAGGAGGAUAAGGACCAAAUGGAGGGCAAGGAUAAGAAGGACAUGGACAAGAAGGUAGAUGAGGACAAAAAGAAGGACAAGGACAAUACGGGAGAUAAGGACAAAAUGGAGGACAAGGACAAGAAGGAGGAUAAGGACAAAAUGGAAGGCAAGGACAAGAAGGUAGAUGAGAACCAAAAGGAAGACAAGGACAAGAAGGGUGACAAGGACAAUAAUGAUAAAGACACAGACAAAAAGGGAGAUGAGGACAAGAAGGACAAGGACAAUGAUGAUAAAGACAUAGACAAGCAGGAGGGUAAGGACAACAAAGAGGGCAAGGAUAAGAACAUUAAAGACCAGAAAGCUGGCAAGAACAAGGAGGUCAAGGGCAAGAAGAGAAGUACUGUGAGAAAAAAGGGUAAUCAAGAGGACAAGAAGAACAAAGACCAGAAAGUACAGAAAGGCAAGUAA